AUGCACCUCCAGGAGAUCAAGUUCGCGCAGGCACUUCCGCCUCAUAUGCGCUCAUACAUUCGCAUACUGCAUCCUGGCUAUAUUAGCGGCGAAGACUUUAUGCUUGCGCUUCCUCGACUGGAUGAAAUUGGGCCCCUAGACAAGACGGAUGCCUCCCCGACCGCUACCCACGGCGUGCACUUUGCGACAAUGCUCGUGGCCUGCCAGGUCGUUGCGGGCAACUGCUUUGAGAUAGGCUACCUAAGUUAUGAUGUCCAAGGCAGCCGCAAGGUAGACUUAACCAGCCACGGCAUCCUGACAUACGGCGAGUACUUUUUCCAUGUUCCUCAAGCUAACACGGACGCAACCGAGACCGCCUCAUACGCCGUCACGCCAAACUUUCAAGAGUGGCGGUUCCCAGACCGUCUCCCUCCCUCAUGGCAGACCAUUGCCGACACACCACACGACCCUAUCAAGAGCUGCGUCGUCACCAGUAGCACUAAGACCGAAAUGGCACAUGUCGUCCCACGGGCGCAGGAAGUAUGGUUCACUAACAACGCUAUGAGGAGCCACGCCGAGGGCCUCCACUCAGCAACAGACAGUACAGCCAACGUGUGCUACCUCCGGCCCGACCUACACAAGAUCUUUGACGACCGUGCCUUUGUCCUAGUCCCUAAGGCCGACACCGACGGCCGCUACCACACGGUUAUACACUUCCUUUCUACGCAGAAUAACUUCGCCGACGUCGCGCUACGCCACCAUAAUCGUAAGCGCCAGAUUGCCGUUAUCCAGCGCGAUAUUCAGCCGAGCGGCCGCCCGUGCUGGGUGACCAAGGUGAUGGACAUGGACCGCGCCGAGCGGCAUAAGCGGUACGGGGGCGGCGGAUCGCGCGCCUCCAGCCCGAGCAAGCGAUCACGGCCGCCGUCUGACUACCAGCGUGACGCAUUAGAGAGCGUCGACGAUGACGACAACUAUGUGUCGGACUGGUGGGGCGAAAACGAUGAUGGUCGCACCGCGGCGUGGGUAGAGGCGGCGGCGGCCGGGGACCGAGAAGACGAGCCGCGAGGACGGAAGCGAAAGCGGACCGAGGAGGGUCUACUUCCAUCACUAACGAGCUCGUUUAGCUGCCAAGCGUCGCAUAAUGAACCCAGUCCCCCAGCCCCAGCUUCAGCCCCAGGUCAGCCGAGUCCUACCAGCGUCGAUACGUCUAAGAAGAAUAACGUCGGCUUGUCAAUAGUAAGGGACGUAUCAUUAUAA